UCUGUGGGUUACGUAAAAACCUAAAGUUUUGUGUUAGAGGACCGUCGCAGCUGAAUAUAGACAGUCUGUGCACAUUUUGUUUUCAGUCUUCACUUAUACAAACUACAGCAAAAAUAAAUUGACGAGACAGAAAACAAAAACUAAACUUCACAAAGAAAGAAAGAAAACUGCAGUAUUUUUGUUUUCUCAAUGAAACGCGAAAUACAGCAACUACGAACGAGAACAAUGCAAAAUGGUGAGUUUAUCAGUAACGUCACUGAGAUAAGUAGAGGAAACUCUACGCAGUUUGUUUUCUUUUUGUAAUGAGCACUGCCUGUGCUCAUGCUAGCUUGGUUUUAUCUAUCCAGGGAUUUACAUGUUUAUCAUAUUUGGCAGCAGUCAGUCGUAGCUGCUGUAACUAAAUGGGAAGAGGCGGUCCAACUUUAGCCCUGAAGAUAUGACGCAGCCACAAAAUAAAAGAAUUCCGUGCCAACGUACAGACUGUUAGCGGCUAGCUGCAGGUUAGCGGCUAGCAAGCUAAGGCUAAACAAAUCUGAAAGCCAUGUACUUGUACUUUUUGGGGCUGGUGGUUUUCUACUACCUGUACCGCUGGGUCAGGGAACUACCCAGGGUCCCAGACAAGGGCAACAAGUAUGUAUACAUCACAGGCUGUGACUCUGGCUUUGGCAACCUCCUUGCCCGGUAUCUGGACAAACAGGGGUUUCGAGUGAUUGCCACAUGUUUCACAGAGAAAGGAGAGGAGGAUUUGAAGAAAUCCUGCUCCAGCAACCUGAUCACAACACACCUAGAUGUUAGGUCAAAGGACAGUGUUGCCAAAGUUGCAGCGAUGAUCAAGGACAAAGUGGGGGAACGUGGCUUAUGGGCUCUAGUGAACAAUGCCGGUGUGUCUGUUCCCACUGCUCCGUGUGAUUGGCUGACCAUUGAUGACUACAAGUCUAUGCUGGAUGUUAACCUCAAUGGGGUGAUUUCGGUGACCCUGAGCGUCCUGCCUCUCAUUAAGAAAGCACAGGGAAGGGUGGUCAAUGUAGCCAGUGUUUUUGGGAGGAUCAGUGUUACAGGAGGCCCGUACACGAUCUCUAAAUAUGGUGUGGAGGCUUUCAAUGACAGUCUCAGGUUGAAUAUGGCACCUUUUGGAGUCAAAGUCCUCUGCAUUGAGCCAGGCUUCUUCAAAACGAACGUGACGGACGCCACUAUCCUGAGCAAAAAUGUCAAGAUGCUGUGGGACAGAAUGCCCCAGGAGGUCAGAGAUGACUAUGGCACUGAAUAUCUUCAAAAGGCGUUAGCAGUGAUAACCGACAAAGUUGCAAAGAUGAGUGAUGGAGAUCUGAUGAAGGUGGUCAGGUGUAUGGAGCACGCUGUGUCCGCUGUCCGGCCCCGCACCCGCUACUCUCCAGGCUGGGACGCCAAGCUUUUCUGGUUGCCACUGUCAUACAUGCCAACCUGUAUCAGUGAUUACAUCAUGAGCAAGGAAGCCAUUCCUCUUGCCAAACAGAAGCAAUAAACUUUGCUUUUUACAUCCA